AUGACAUCCAACGAAUUCGGCGCUCUCAUCCUCAAUCUACUCAUCUUUAUCACAACGCUAGUUAACAUCAGCUAUGCCCUAAUUAAUACUGAACCAUUACUGAUAAUAGUCAUGUACAGUCUCUGUAAGGUUUUUACAGCGCCACCUGAGAGCGGCAUAGUCGCUAGCUGUCAGCACAAGAGUCUCUUCGAAGAAUCAUUAUCAUGGCAUAGAUCUGCUUCGCCUAGGCCAUCUGCAACCUAA